CCAAGCUUCUCCCUACCUUAGAUUUUUAGUCAAAAUGAAUGCAAACAAUCACGUGGGACUCAGCCAAGCAGUGACGUUAAAUUCUGCUCUGUCAGAGAGAGCAUCUGUCAAGCCCACAUUUAAACUGCUGCCUGCCUGUGCAGCAGCUGAGGAACCGUGGAUUUCAUAUUAUGGACUAAAACCCCAGUGAAACUGCUCAGAAAAAUCCUUCCUGCAGCUUCCAGGCAAGACCGGCGGAAGAGAGGUAAAUCCUAUUCUUUUCCAACGCAAUCAAAGCACUAGAUUCCAGCUCUGGCUGCUUUACAUUGCAGCUCAGUGUUCCUACUAGAAAUAUGGAUACUGAGAAGAGAACACAGCACUGCAUUGUCCAGCCAGGAAAACAGCAGAUGUAAAAAGCUUCAAUGCAUCAACUGUCGGGAAGAGUCAACAGUGCUCCAAACAGAACGGACAACUACAGCUCUUUUGUUUAACAGAAGAGAGAGAAAAUGAAAGAAAGGGAAAAUCUCGGAAGAGUAGUACCCAUAUGAACAAGGAAGGGAACUGGAAGACAAGCAGACAGAUGGACACUUUGGAUACUGUGAAAAGCAAUCGCAGGAGGCAGACUGCUGGGGGAUGUGCGCAUGUUCGAUAGCAUCUCUUUGCUGAAGUGAUGGCGUGCCAAAAGUAUUUUCAGUGGGCAUAAUCCUCUCCACAUAAAUGGGCUGACUGAGGAAGGAUGACUGCGAGGGACACAACAUGAGUGAAAAAAAAAUGAUUACCAAAGAACAGUACUGACUGAGAAGAAAAAAACACCACAUUUUUCAUCCACCACUAUCUCCCAGACCACGGCUGGAUUCUUCACAACAUGUUUCAGUGGCGGAGAAGACACUGCUGCUUUGCCAAGAUGACCUGGAAUGCCAAGAGGUCUCUGUUCCGCACGCAUCUGAUCGGUGUACUUUCUCUAGUGUUUCUUUUUGCUAUGUUUUUGUUUUUCAGUCAUCAUGACUGGCUGCCAGGCAGAGCUGGAUUCAAAGAAAACCCUGUGACAUACACUUUCCGAGGAUUUCGUUCUACAAAAAGUGAGACAAACCACAGCUCCCUUCGAAACAUCUGGAAAGAAGCAAUCCCUCAAACUCUGAGGCCUCAAACAGCAACUAACUCCAACAACACAGAGCUGUCACCACAAGAAGUUACAGGGUUGGAGAACACACUUAGUGCCAACGGAAGUAUUUAUAAUGAAAAGGGUACAGGACAUUCAAAUUCCUAUCAUUUCAAAUAUAUUAUCAAUGAACCUGAAAAGUGCCAGGAGAAAAGCCCUUUUUUAAUACUAUUAAUAGCAGCAGAACCUGGACAAAUAGAAGCGAGGAGAGCUAUUCGGCAGACUUGGGGCAAUGAAAGUCUAGCCCCUGGUAUCCAAAUCACACGAAUUUUUUUGUUGGGAAUGAGUAUUAAGUUAAAUGGCUACCUUCAACGUGCAAUACUGGAAGAAAGUAGAGAGUAUCAUGACAUAAUUCAACAGGAAUACUUAGAUACAUACUAUAAUUUGACCAUUAAAACACUAAUGGGAAUGAACUGGGUUGCAACAUAUUGUCCACAUAUUCCGUAUGUUAUGAAAACUGACAGUGACAUGUUUGUCAAUACUGAGUAUUUAAUACACAAGUUACUGAAGCCAGACUUGCCUCCUAGACGCAACUACUUUACUGGUUAUCUAAUGAGAGGAUAUGCACCCAAUCGAAACAAAGACAGCAAGUGGUACAUGCCACCAGAUCUCUACCCAAGUGAGCGCUACCCUGUCUUCUGUUCUGGAACCGGUUAUGUUUUUUCUGGAGAUCUGGCAGAAAAGAUUUUUAAAGUUUCCUUAGGUAUCCGUCGUUUGCAUUUGGAGGAUGUGUAUGUAGGGAUCUGUCUUGCCAAGUUGAGAAUUGAUCCUGUGCCCCCUCCCAAUGAGUUUGUAUUCAAUCACUGGCGAGUUUCUUACUCAAGCUGUAAAUACAGCCACCUAAUUACCUCUCAUCAGUUCCAGCCUAGUGAACUGAUAAAAUACUGGAACCACUUACAACAAAAUAAGCACAACGCCUGUGCCAACGCAGCAAAAGAAAAGGCAGGCAGGUAUCGUCACCGUAAACUACACUGAAAAAAGGCAAUUUUUUUUUCAAAUGUGCAAUCUGUAAAUAUUGCUGAAAGCAUGUAUAGUUAAAACUGAUUACAUUCAUAGGAAAAGUUUUAGUUCAAAUUCAUCACAUAAAGGAAUUCAAAAUUAUUUUUUUAAUUUCUGAAAAAGGCGACUUCUUAAAGUUGUUAACAGUCUAUAGCAAUUCUACGAUAAAAAGGUACCCCAAAGGAAUCUAUAGAAACUGUAUGAGGGGAUUCUAUGUAUUAACAUGCAAUAACAAGCAUGCAUACAUUAAUGGCUCAAGUCUUUUGUUAAUCUAUUUGCAUACAUUUUCCACAUAAAUUUUAAGAAAUGAAUACAGUCAAAACAUCCUUCAUUUUAGAUUUAGCUUUUCAUUUCAAUACAUAAUUAAAUGUAAGUAAAACAUUACUAUCAACUUCAAGGAAACUUUGUAAUCGUGCAAAGGACAAAUUCUCUGACCUGACUAUUCUAGGUUUAAAAAAUUGCUCCAUGCAAUAAGAUUUAGUUGAAUUAUUCUAUAAACUCAUUCAUCAAGUACAGAUAUUUCAUCAUUGCAGGUGUCACCUAUUUAUUUUUAAAACAAUUGAGAUACUCGUUUCAAUUUCUUCUGUUGAUACAUAUAUCAAGGAAAAUUACCCUGAUAUGAUGUGAUAAAAUGUGAAAAAUUAACCUGUCUCAGGCUCAAGUUAUUAUAUGAAAAGUUAUUAAACAUUCCAAAAUAGAAAACUUUUGUUUCCUCAUUAGUAAGGUCAUCCAAGUAUUUCAAUGAAUUAUUCAACUACAUCACUUACUGCACUCUUAAAAAGUACCACCAUUUAGCUUCAAGGCUAUCUGACUUUAAGCUAUCUAUAAAAAUAAAUUACGUUCCUCUAACUGAAGUAAAAGUCAUCAUUUAAAGGCAGAAAGAAGAUGUACUGUAGAAAGAAAGAUACAGACUAAAGAGUGCAGCACCAUUUUCAUUCAAUGCAUUGUUGAACGCAUGUCUGCAAAAACACAACAUACGGGAAGUUUCUUUCCUGACAGCAGGUGUACACAUGCCAAUACUUAAUCAUCAGGUGUACACAUGCCAAAACUUAAUCAUCUGGAGGCACCUAUUUCUCUGAGUGCCAAGUUUACAAAUCUGCAUUUCUGGUAGAUGACAAUCGAAAUACCAUUUAAAACCUUUUUUGAGAAGGGAUGGGGAAAAACUACAAAUGAUUAAUGAAAACUAGACUCUAGGCUGAAAUAUGUAUAGAAUGCACUUUUAUUAAGGCUUUAAUAAAAAAAAGUAAACAAAAAGGCCUCUACUGAGUGUUAUGAUACAAAUAUUUUCAUAGUAAUCUGAUUCAUGAGUUUCAGAAAUGAAGAAAUACUAACUCACCAACCUUAAAGCCAUUUUUUCCUAUAAGUAUGUAUGUCUUAACUUAGUUAUGAUGCUUCCAAUCUUAAUUCUAUUAACAGUCAUUUCUGUCCAAACCUAAAAUACAUCACCAGAACAGAACUAUAAUAUUUGUAAAGUUCAGAAUCACAAAAGUGUGUUGUUCUUUUUAUUUACAAUGUUGAAUUCUAUGUACAACUCUAUUUGUCUCCCACUUUCAAUUAAGUACUCCCUGUCCUAUCCUACCUAAUUAUGAGUAGUUAUGAAAAGUGAUCUAUGUAACACGGUCCAAGUCAAUGUUUUACUUAAUUUAUUCUCUAUAAUUACAAAAUGACCAAAAUUACUCAAUAAAAGUAACAUGUAAGAGGAUAAUAUCAAAUUAGACUGGUAAGUUUGAAGAAUGACAGAAGGAACCCUUUUCUCAGCACAGAAUAAUUCUGAUUUAUACCUCAGAAAGUUAAAAAAGGGUGUAUGCGCAUGCACAGAUAGUACCCCCCCAAAAAAAAAAAAAAAAACCACCAGAAACCAGGCAUUAUUUUUCCAAACUAUGAUUAGAGUGCAGUCACUAAAAAGAUAGCAUUUUCAUUCAGGAAAUAUUGAGAUUUUAAAAAACUGCCUUUUGAAAAACAGAAUUCUUAACAGAAAUCUACAUUCCUUCAAUUUCAGGUAUCAAUUUAAAAUAAUGUUUAUAUUCUUGAUAAUACUACCUUGAAAUGGACUGAAACAAACUCUUAAUUUCUUAAUAUAGCUGAAAAUCUUUUUAUAAUAAAUAGUCUAUUGUUUUAUUUUUCUCAACAUUUCACUCUCAACAAUACACAUGCUGAUUUCUAGAGCAAAAAGUGCUGAUGUUAUCCAAACAUUCCACCAAUUGUUAAUCACGCCUUCUUCAUCCCAGUACUACGUAAUUCUUAUGCAAAUGAAGAAUAUAAUUCUAUUUUUAAAAAAGACAAUCUGUAUUGAAAGGCAGAGAGAGAGAGAGAGACAGAGAGAGGGAUAUCAAUUAUUUUCCAUCUUCUAUUUACUUCCUAUAUGCUCGCAACAGCUUAGAGCUGAGCCAAGCUGAAGGCAUGAUCCCAAAACUCAAUCUGGGUGUUUCAUGUGGGUGGCGAGGACCUAAGUACUUGAGCCAUCACCUGCUGCUUCCUAGGGUACAUACUAGUAGGAAGCUGAAAUUGAAAGCAGAGCUGGGACUCAAAUCCAGAUACUCUGACAUGGGAUAUGAGUGCCCAAGCAGCUCCUAACUGCUCUAUCAAAUGCCUGCCCUGAAAAAUAUAAUUUUAAAUGGCUGCAUGCCAUUUGCUUUACCAAAAAAAUUACAGUAACAACUACAUAAACUUCAUGCUCAAAGUUUUAACAGAAAUUUUAAAGGAUUAAAAUACCAAUAUUUUUGGGACUUACCACACUAGUUUAUUAUCAUAAAUAUUAGUGUUGAUGAAAUUCUAACUCAAUCACAUAAAUUAGAUUUCACCUCUUCUCUUUGUAUACAAUAUAAUCUCAACUGGAAUUUUUUUAACAUAUAUUUCCAGGAAAUUAUACAAAAAUAAAAGUAACAGUAACGGGAAUCAUUUACUGAUUGUGCAAGCAGUGUGCUUGGUGUUGUGUUCAAGUCGUUUACAUACAUGAUCUCAUAUAAACAACAGUAAAGAGAGAGCAAAGAACAUCUCACGUUGGGGGCUUGAUCCGUGGUGUAGUAGGUAAAGCCACCACCUGCAAUGCCAGCAUCUCAUGUGGGUGCCAGUUCAAGUCCUGGCUGCUCCACUUCCGAUCCAGCUCUCUGUUAUGGCCUGGGAAAGCAGGGAAAGAUGGCCCAAGUACUUGGGCCCCUGUACCUGCGUGGGACACCUGGAAGAAGCUCCUGACUUCUGGCUUUGGAUAAGUCCAGCUCCAGCCGUUGCAGCCAUUUGAGGAGUGAACCAGCAGAUGGAAGACCUCCCUCUCUCUACCUCUGCCUCUCUGUAACUCUGCUUUUCGAAUAAAUUAAAUACCUAAGAGCAGAGAGUCAGUAAAGCUACAGAUUUCCCUUUCAGAGAUCAUGCUAUUAACCAUUAGGCUGGUCUGCUAUGUAUUUUGCCUGAGACACCUGCUAAGAGAUCUGAAGAGCUAAACAAAAAUGGCUGUUCCUCUAUUUUCUCAUUCUCUGCUUUUUGUUCAUCCUUUUCUAGGACCACCAGCCUUCACACACUGGAGGGGCACCUAACGACUGUUGGGUACAAAUAUAGAGAAGGAAAAGAAGAUAUCUGACCCCCAGUUACUUUGUCUUCUUUACAGUUGCUCAUGCAUGGUGACCAGAACCUUGAAAAGCACAUGCGUGACAGCUUAUCGUUUGCUGCCCAAGGCAUCAAGCUGCAUGUGUCCAUAGUAGGCAAGCUGAGGUGCUCCUCUUACAGCACAGUUGACGGCAGCACUACAGCUGCAAUCAUUUCUAAUGCCGAGUCCCUCUGCUCUGUGGUGAGGCGGUAAUGCUUAUUUACCCAGCUGAUUCAAUCAAUUCUACUCUGAUCUGCCCUGCAUAAGUAGAGAAUGACUACUAAUACAGAACUAAGAAGAAAAAAUAAAAGUCUACGUAUAUUUAUAAGAUACCUCAAAGAAUGCCACUGUAUCGCUCAGACUUCAUUUGUAGAAGACAGGCUAGGAACACUGAAAACACAACACACACCCUAAAAGGAAGAACCUUGUCACUGUGCACUCCACCAAGCUACACUCACCCACUCUCCUGCCAGCGUGAUGGAACCAUGAAUCCUGCAACUCUCAAGACACAAUCCGCCCAAGGAAGAGUGUGUCUGAUUCUACAAAGGCUUGUUCCCCACCCUUAACCGCAGCACAUGAAUGAGCUGAGGUACCUCAAUAAAAAUUAGUAAAAGCAACAGAGCAUCA